AUGGCCCCGCGCAAUACGCUCUCGGCGGAAGCCGCAGAGCACCAAAGCCCGUUCGGUCGGUCUUUUCAGUCCAGCUCGCCACUUGCAGAGGCCGCCAUUGCCCGGGACCUGGCGCAAUACACCGACGAAGACUCCGCCAUCAGCAGCACCGAUCAUACAUCCGAGUCGUCGACCGUCCGCGCGCCUAGCAGCCAUGUGGCCACCAACCCGCACUCGCUGGCCGGAUCCUACCGGCGCCCCAGCUUUUUCACCUCCGGCAAUCAUGGCACGGUCAUUCCCUCGCCCGGAGAUUACCAGCCGUUGACACAGAGCGAGCGGGACCAAGCCAUUGAGGACGAACGACACCUGCUUAGUGAUAAUCGGCUGAUCGCACCGGAGCAUGCUCAUGUCCACGGCAAACCUCAUGGUCUACAACAUAAAUUGAGCAGCUUGUUUUCGACCUCACCAGGUCAGGGAAGCUCGUCAAAGCCGUAUGACUCCUCGCGCGGGCGGAAUAUAGAACCCGCGACAGCCAACGAGAUUACCGAAACGACCGCCCUACUCGAUGCUCCUGGGUGUAGCAGCAAUGCAAUGGACGCGGAGGAAAUCGACCGAAAAUGGGAAGAAGCCGUGACGGCGGGGCUGAUCAACACCACCUGGAGACGGGAAGCCCAAGUGAUCGGUCGAUAUUCCUUACCAUUAAUGGUGACAUUUCUGCUGCAGUACUCCCUGACAGUUGCCAGCAUCUUUACGAUUGGUCAUCUGGGCAAGGAGGAGCUGGGUGCGGUCAGUUUGGCCAGUAUGACUGUCAGCAUUACUGGGAAUGCCGUAUAUUCCGGUCUGGCGACGAGCCUGGAUACUCUCUGUGCGCAGGCGUACGGAUCCGGCAAGAAAAAGUUGGUCGGUCUUCAGAUGCUACGAAUGAUCUACUUCCUGUGGCUUGUAACCAUCCCGAUUGCCGUGCUUUGGUACUUUUCAGAGCAUAUCUUGGCCAAGAUUGUGCCAGAGAGGGAGGUCGCGAGAAUGGCAGGCAUGUACCUGAAGAUUGCACUUCUGGGAACGCCGGGCUACGCGUGUUUUGAAAGUGGCAAACGCUAUCUCCAAGCCCAGGGUGUCUUCUCCGCGUCAUUGUGGGUUUUGUUGGUGUGCGCUCCUUUAAAUGCAUUCAUGAACUGGUUUUUCGUAUGGAAACUAGGAUGGGGUUUUGUCGGUGCUCCCAUUGCUGUUGCCAUCACGGAGAAUCUUCUCCCGCUCUGCUUGUUUGCGUACAUUUACUUUGCAGUGGGUUCCGAAUGUUGGUGCGGCUUUACUCGACGCGCCUUCGACAAUUGGGGCCCCAUGAUUCGUCUUGCUCUGCCGGGAUUGAUCAUGGUGGAAGCAGAGUGCCUUGCAUUUGAAGUGCUCACACUGGCUUCGAGUUAUCUCGGAACAUCGGAGCUUGCUGCGCAAUCAAUUCUAUCCACCAUUUCGAGUAUUACCUGGCAAAUUCCAUUCCCGCUCUCCAUUGCUGGUUCGACUCGCGUCGCGAACCUGAUCGGUGCUACGCUUGCUGGCGCUGCCAAGACAUCGGCCAAGGUCACUUUUUGCGGAGCCAUCAUCGUUGGACUCUUCAACAUGGUAUUGCUGUCUUGUCUGCGAUCGUAUAUCCCAAUGCUCUUCAGCUCUGAUCCCGAGGUCAUUGGGAUAGUCGCCCAAGUUCUACCUUUAUGCGCCGCCUUCCAGCUAUUCGAUGCUAUUGCGGCCGUCACCAAUGGCAUCCUCCGUGGGCUUGGUCGGCAAGAAAUUGGUGGAUACAUCCAACUCUUCUGUUACUACGCGAUCGCCAUGCCCAUCAGCAUGGGAUCAACUUUUAGCCUAGGCUGGGGCGUGAUGGGUCUCUGGACCGGUGUUGCCCUUGCCCUUAUGCUAGUUUCUGGGAUUGAGUGUGUUUUCAUCACUCACAUCAGCUGGGAACGGUCUGUUGAAGAAGCAAUGGAGCGGAAUGAGGUCCUCUGA